AAAAAAGGCAAAAGUGACUUUCCCGUAAUGGUUGAAUACUAGUGUAUAUAUAUAAAGUUGAGAGAAACCCUAAAGCUAUCGACUGUUGCGACUUUCGUUUACUGGCUGAGGAUCGAUGUUGAAGAGCAAAGCGAACACGGAAUCUAAGACGUCGGUGUGGAUUGAUCUCAACAACUGUCCGAUCCCCGAUGGUUAUGACGCUGGUCAGGUCCGUCAGCGUAUAGAAUCAGCGUUGCAUACGAUUGGCGACUCUGGUCCUCUCACCAUCAAUGUCCUGGGCACCUUGGAAAACACCCCUGUUGACGUCCUGCGAGCGUUAUCUUCCACUGGAAUCGUUGUUCAUUACAUCCCACGAGGUACCAAGACAGGAGGAGGUUGCGGGAAAAUUGUGUCGGUUAUGCUUGACUGGACAGUCUCUAAUAAACCUCCGGCUAAGAUAAUGUUCAUAACGGACUCUCUCAAUGUCUAUUACCGCUCUCGCACUUUUUCCUACUUGGACGAAAUUGGGUACGAAAUGCUUGUGGUUUAUGGAGAUACUCCUAAACCUCAUCCUGCGCUGCCCUCUUCUCUCAUCUGGCAAUGGCAAAGCUCUUCUACAGUUUGGCAAUGGCAAACCUUACUGGAAGCUGAUCCCUCUCGUGUGCAUCCAACUGAAGGAAUGGAUUCAGGGGAGACGAUAACAAGUCUUGACGACCACAAGUGUCCUGAAAGGGAUCCCGGUGAAUCUGAUGCUUUCAUUUGCAGGCUGUGUUUUGAUUACACAUGCUUAAAGUAUUUUAAAUGCCAAAGCCUUGACGAUUUCACCACGCAUCUCGACGGUGAAGAACAUAAACUUAGAUACUUUUACCUUCACCGGAUCGUGCACGACGAAGAAGAAGAAGACUCCUUGGCCGGAGAUGAUUCUUCCUCCCUUCCCGUACGUGAUUCUUCCCCCCAUCCCGUACGUGAUUCUUCCUCUCAUCUGAAGAAAUCAAAGAAAAAGUCGAAGCAUGGGGUUAAUUCUUUCCAUCUGAUGAAGGCUGUUACUACCAUGGUGAUGAAGAACCAAUUAAAGCAGAGGAAGUUGAAGAAGAAGAAGAAGAAGACGAAGAAGCUGGAAUAAGAGGGACCGGAAUGAGCAUCUCGAGGAGGACUUUAAACCUUUUUGUCGAAGAAGAAGAUGAAGAAAACAUUUCCCAUAUGGGUGAUGCUCUUUUUUCUCAAGGCAUAUCAUUUCAUUUGGUGAAUGAUUUCUUCAAACUUUUACGGAGUAAAUUUUUGGUUACUUAACUUUCAAGUCUCUCCUUUUAUUUUAUAUAUAUCUAAGUUCUGUAUUCGGAAAAAGGUUGGAUUGUCCUCUCUGUUGCUUGUGUCUGUCUGCUAUUAACUUGCAUAUCCCCAUAUUCAUUAUUCUCAUUUUCGAUGAAAAAUCAUUGUCGAUACUGAAGAUAGAUAUAUAGAAGUAGUAAUGUUUAAGUUUUA